AAAUCAAAUAUGUUUCAACCAAUUUUAAACAAUUUUAAUUAACUAUUUAUCGUGUGGCAACUCUGUGCGGAUUGAUAAACUCAUGCAUCACCGCUUUCUCUUUCUAACGCACGCUCAAAGGGCCAAUGUAACAGCACAAAGCAGAAUAGCCAAGAAGUACAACAGUAGAAAAGAAAAUUUAUAAAAUGGUGACUAAUAUUUUUGUAAACAGUAAACAGUUAAUUACUGUUAAUACAAAUGACAUUAAUAUUAAAGAUUUAAAUGUUCUCAUUGAGGAAGCGACACAUUUGCAGCCCGAGGAAUAUUAUCUGACAUGCAAUGGCAAACGUUUAAAUGAAAACAUAAGAUUUCAACAUGAAAUUGGUAGCAUUCAUUGCAUCCUCCGUCAGGUUGGAGGAAAGGGAGGCUUCGGAUCUAUGCUGCGAGCGAUUGGCGCGCAAAUCGAGAAGACUACAAAUCGUGAGGCAUGUCGAGAUUUGAGUGGACGUCGCUUGCGCGACAUUAACGAAGAGAAACGUGUCCGGGCAUGGCUGGAAAAGAAAGGCGAGCGUGAACGUGAAGCUGAGGAGCGUAAGAAACGAAAAAUUGAGAAACUUUUAGCAGUGCCCAAGCACGAGUUUAAAGACGACCAGUAUGAGGAGGCCAGAGCUAAGUUGACCGAAAAGGUAAAUGAUGCAUUCGAGGAGGGACUCAAACAGGCCGAGGAGGCCAAGACAGCCAAUGAAGGCGACACUGAUGCAACCAAAGCUGUCCCAAGUUCGUCCAAUACUAGUGCAACAAUUGGUACUAAACGAAAGGGCGACACAGUUACUACUGCAAAGGCGAUUAAAAAGAAAAAGGCCGCGCUUUGGAUUGAUGACGAUUUAUCUGGCAGCGAUUCAGACACUGACGACAGUGAAAUUGAAGCUGAUACAAAAAAGUCAAUUCAAUGUUAAAGAGUUUAUUUGUAAUAUUAAGCACUAAAUAUUAUACAUAAUUAAAAUAA